AUGCCCAACCUCGGACUGUUCGCGAGGCUCCCAUACGAGCUGCGUGAGCAGAUCUGGGCUGAACUCGCCCCGUCUCCAGCUCAAGACAUGGACAACCCCAGAACCGAUCUCAGCGUCCUCCGUGCAAGCCACUACCUGCACGACGAGAUCGACGAAGUGAUCUACCGCCGCGGUACACUGGAGUUCAACAUCGACCCAGUCUACCACCCCAGCUCCAACAACCUCUGCACCGUCUUCUUCAGGCGCAGACAUCGCGCCCUCGACGACGCGGCCAACUCAUGCCCCGCCUCCUGGACCCUGCAGAGCGUCGCCAGCGCCCGAGCGCGCGGCUUUGGCAGCGUCGCAUUCCACAAGUUCGACCAGGUGGUCGUCAACAUCCCCUCUCCGGACCCGAACGACAUCGGCGAACUCUUCUGCCUGUGGAGGAAAGUCCGCGGCCUGGUCAGCCUGUUCAGCGGCGGCACGCAGAUCAAGCACAUGCUCAUCCGCCUGCUGGAGCGCGAGAGCGACGGGCAGAACUGGAUCGAUGACCUCGAGUUGCCCAGCAAGGCCUACACGCCCUCCCUCGCCCACUCCACCUGCCAACAUGACCACGACGUCCCCAUCCUCCCCUUCUGCACCCUGCGCAACCUCGCGUCGCUGCGAGUCGAGACAUACUCCGAGGAGCUCGCGGAGCUGAUGGACUGGGACGUCAUCGACAGCUUGGUCAAGCUUGUUCGCGAGAGCAACGAUGAGAGCCACAGCGACAACGCCAACGCCAGACGCAAGCGCAGACGCAGCGACAGGGCCGCACGACCCGCACGACCCGCAUCCGCGCGCAGCGAACUCGAGCGCAGGGACGCGUUUGAGUAUUACUGGAUGCACAAGCUGCUCUGGACGUACGCGGAGGGCAGCACGACCGCAGACCUCAUGCGGCGCGAGACGCUGCGCGAAUGGGCGCGCGACGGCAGCGAGUCGAGCUUCGGGAAGCAAGUCCGCCGCAUCAUGCACAACAUGCAUGUCCUGCGCGACAUGCACUGUGUGGCCGUCUGCUUGAACGACGCGGCGAAGCGGCGCCGGUUGGAGUCAGCGAGUGCGUCUGCAUCUGCAUCUGCAUCUGCAUCUGCGGCGGAUGAGGAGAGGAAUGGCAACGACAACGACAACGACAGCGACAACGACAGAGCCGGAAACGACGAGGAAGACUGGGAGGCGCUCCUCCCCGCCGGGCUGCCAGUGGUUGAGACGCGCGAGUUCGGCCUCGCGGUGGGCCCGAUGAUAGUGCGCCAAGUGUACUGCGACAACAUCCGCGACGAGGCAAAGUAUGCGUCGUUCCACUGCCUGCUUCGGAGCUGGGAGCGGAAGUUCCAGGGCUCGAUCUUGUUCUACACGAAGCGGAAUGUUCGUCGGCGGCUGGGGCUCCCAUUGCUGUUGUCUGAUAGGACGUAUAUUUGA